UUUAUUUGCAGGAGCUCUGGUAAAUAUCUAAUGAUCUGUGACUGCGAGAUGAUAUAGGUAUGUGUAUGAUAUGAUUGUGCAUCUACAUAUGUUGAGGCAUUAACGUGAUUAUUAUAAGAAGAAAUAAUCACAUGGGUAUGUUUAAAACUAUUUUCUUCUCUAUCUUUAUUACACAGUAAACUUGUUUAAGUAUCACUAGUGGGUGUGCUAUCUUAAAAUCAGGAAUAAAAUUCUCAAUUUUUCCCCCCUCCUGUUUGUUUCAGAAUUGCACCAGCUUUGCGAAACAAAUAUAUCUUGGAUGCUCUACACCAGUUAUCGGCCCCUAAAGAACAGUAGAUAAAGAGCAAACUGAAAAUGAGUGAAACUUUUACUAGCAAGACCCAAAAAGAUAUUCAAAACAUAUAAUGAAAACAUAAACAUUUACAGCAGGAAAAAUAGUCUUUCUGCAAAUAUAGAGGCAAAGAUUUGCAUUCUAUAUCAUGCAAGUAAAUCUACUGGAAGAGAGAAACUCUGGAUUUAAAUGCUGGGGGAAAUGCUAUGUAUUAGUAAAUUUCAUGUUUUGUUACAUUCUUUUGCAUCUAUUUUAGAUAUGGUCUUUGCAUAUGUUGAGACUGUUCUCGCUUAGCAGUUAACAGUUAACUUGCGCUUGUAUAUCCCUAAUGUCUUCAUUAUUUCAUCCUGAAAACAAAUCUGUUGUAAAUAACUCUCACUCUUUCAAAUACAUCUUAACUUUAUGGAGCUCAGAUAUGCAAAUAUACCGUUUAUAUUGUAAGACUGGAGAAACGCAUUUAUAAGAGCUAACCGAUUGCAUUGACAAGUUACAGCGAUGGACGAGAACGGUAUCUCAAGUUAAUUAGUGUAUUAAAAUGCAGAACGUAGCCAAACUUUUACUUAAUUAUUCAAUGGUAUGAAACAUACUAAGGUUUAAUUUUAAGACGACUAGCCCAAUUGCACCAUACUGACACAGUGUAAGUUACUAGAGUCUUCAAACUACAGUCACAAACCGGCCUCUAAAUAAGGUAGCCCAGCAAUAAAAUUGUCACACAACUUUGCAGAGUUAGGCGAGCUCUACAUCUGUGUGUACAGAACUUAAAGCACUGAAUUAUCAAAUAAGCCUGCGCGUGGCAUUAAACCAUGCUGGUUUUAAUUAAACAACAGCAGCGGAGCGGUGAGCAUCACGUCAUCCUGGAUGACAAGUGUAUUUUUAAAAACAGCGAUAGGUAUUAUAAUGAAAAACAAAGAGAGGCGAAUCACACAAUCAUUUACUUCACAGAAAGUUCUUUUCCACGCCGAAGUAAGUGCAAAUUAGGAGCCCACAACCUGUGUGAUGCAAUUUGACCCCUGGAGGAUCUUUUCUAGAACAGCACACUGUCCGUAGUCCCACUGAAAACAAUAAACAUUUGCCUAGACAAAUAUCAAAUAAAGAAGCGUUUACUUUUAAGGCAUCACAAAAGUUCUGAAGUACAAAGAGUAAACUCAGACACUUCUACUUUUCUGUGUUUUUUUUUCUUCCCCUUCUCUGAGAGCUGCGCUCAUUUCUCCCCUCCCUAAAAAAAAAACUUGUAGCCAAUCAUCUGUGUGCCAGCCCCCCAGGGGCAGGGCUGUCAUUGGCUGAAAGUUUCUAAGGUGAAAUAGAAGAGGAGAGUAUUUAUUACAGAGACACGGAGAGAGAGUUGGAGAGCCGAGCUUGAAAUUGCCUAGGUGAAAUUGGGAGCCUUAAACUUUCCAAAGCCAAGGAACUUUUUUUCUUCUUCUGAGAGGCAGAGAGAAAGAGGGGACAGAGAGGGGGCUAAUAAGACUAACUCCAAACUUUCCCACCCCCUUUUGACUAUCCUCAGAGCUGGGUUCAUGCACGUCUCUGAGAGCAGAUCGCUGCAGCGGCAACUUUGCAGUGGGCUGUGAACAAACUUUUUUUUUCUCCUGCAAGCUGCUGUUCACCAGGCAAAACUUUCUUGUUUCUUUUGCAAAGUUUUUGCUGCCUUCCUUCUCUCCCCCACCCCCAACUCCCUCUUCCAUCCCUUCCUAGCUUCCUCCACCACAAACCCAGCUGGUUUUAAAGAGGCUUUGCCACUUUAGUGUUCUUUUUUUAAUCCCUCCCUCCCCCCUCCUUUCCCCCCACCCCUUGAUUUUCAUCCCACUGUUUUUCCCCUCUGCCGCUUUCUCGCAUGAAUCUCCUAGACCCCUUCAUGAAAAUGACAGAAGAGCAGGACAAAUGCAUCUCUGGCGCCCCUAGCCCCACCAUGUCGGACGACUCCGCGGGGUCCCCCUGCCCUUCUGGUUCCGGAUCGGACACGGAGAACACCAGACCGCAAGAAAACACUUUCCCCAAGGGCGAUCCGGAUCUGAAGAAAGAGAGCGACGAGGACAAAUUCCCGGUGUGCAUCCGAGAGGCGGUCAGCCAAGUCCUGAAGGGUUACGACUGGACCCUGGUCCCCAUGCCGGUCCGUGUGAACGGAUCCAGCAAAAACAAGCCCCACGUGAAGAGACCCAUGAACGCCUUCAUGGUGUGGGCACAGGCGGCCCGGAGGAAGCUGGCGGACCAGUAUCCGCAUCUGCACAACGCAGAGCUCAGCAAAACCCUGGGCAAACUCUGGAGGUUGCUGAAUGAGAGCGAGAAGCGCCCUUUCGUGGAGGAGGCCGAGAGGCUGCGGGUGCAGCACAAGAAGGACCAUCCCGACUACAAGUACCAGCCCCGGAGGAGAAAGUCAGUGAAGAACGGGCAGUCGGAGCAGGAGGAGGGCUCCGAGCAAACACACAUCUCCCCCAAUGCCAUUUUCAAGGCCCUGCAGGCGGAUUCUCCUCAGUCUUCCUCCAGCAUGAGCGAGGUUCACUCUCCCGGGGAGCACUCUGGGCAGUCCCAGGGGCCCCCGACCCCUCCUACUACACCCAAAACAGAUGUCCAGCCUGGGAAGCAAGACCUGAAGCGAGAAGGGCGCCCUUUGCAGGAAGGAGGAAGACAGCCGCCCCACAUUGACUUCCGGGAUGUGGACAUUGGGGAACUCAGCAGCGACGUCAUCUCCAACAUAGAGACCUUUGAUGUCAAUGAGUUCGACCAGUACCUCCCACCCAACGGUCACCCUGGAGUCCCGGCCACUCAUGGGCAACCCGGUCAAGUCACCUAUAGUGGCAGCUACGGAAUCAGUAGCACGUCAGCCACUCAAGCUGGAGCCGGGCCCGUUUGGAUGUCCAAGCAACCGCCGCAGCCCCAACAGCAGCCGCCGCCGCCCCAGGCCCCGCCCCAGCCGCCGCAUACCAUGACCACCCUGAGCAGCGAACAGGGCCAGUCCCAGCAGAGGACACACAUCAAGACAGAACAACUCAGUCCGAGCCAUUACAGCGAGCAGCAGCAGCACUCCCCUCAGCAGCUCAAUUAUAGCUCCUUCAACCCCCAGCACUACAGUUCCUCCUACCCGACCAUCACCCGCUCGCAGUACGACUACACAGACCACCAGAGUUCCAACUCCUACUACAGCCAUGCGGCCAGCCAGAGCACCAGUUUCUAUUCCACCUUCACGUACAUGAACCCCGCCCAAAGGCCCAUGUACACGCCCAUUGCAGACACUACCGGAGUCCCUUCCAUUCCCCAGACCCACAGCCCACAGCACUGGGAACAGCCGGUCUACACACAGCUUACUAGGCCAUAAGGGCGACAACAACAACAACAACAAGAGAGAAAAAAGAACUGUCUCCAACUUUUUUUUUUAAGACACUAACGCUAAAGAUGAUGAAAAAAGAGAACACAUCAGGCCUUCUGCACUACCGCACCCUUCAGGAAGUGGCCAGACCACUCUGCUGAGAACCAGCAAAACUCGGCACAGACGUUCCAAGGACUGGACUUUACCCUUGAUUCAGGGGCGAGAGAUGAGCUUUCUCACCGGCCAACUCGUCUGCCUGUGUUUGGACUUUCGUAAUUAUUUUUAGCAGUAAUUAAAAGAAGAAGAAAAAAGGAAAAAAAUACCCAGAGUCCUCUGUGAGGAAUAUUCUCUAUUUUAAAUAUUUUUAGUAUGUACUGUGUAUGAUUCGUUACCAAUUUGAGGGGAUUUAUAUAUAUUUUUAGAGAUUUUUUUUUUAAAUGCUCUUAUUUUUCCAACAGCUAAAACAACACUUAGUGGAGCAGUCCUAGCUUUUCUUGCAGUCAGAGGUAUUUUUGUAUAGAUAAAAGUAAUUUCUUUAAAGAAAAAUAAAACGGUGUGCAUUAAUUAGGAACAAAAACUGUUAAACAGUGAUUGGCAUCAGGCUAAGCUUUGGUCAGCUGUGCAGCCUAGGAGACGCAAGGGGUUAAAAACAAAAUAGGCUUUAUUUUUCUAACGUGGAAGUAGAGAGAGAGCCAGGAGGAGAAUGUGUUCGUUUUAUUUUUUAAAGACCUCGAGCCUUAAAGCAGCGUUGUUGAAAAGCAACCAUGUAAUUUUUUUUUUUUUUCCUCGAGAUUCUUAUACGACUGCCUUCCAGUGCAAGGAGAAAGACAGAGCCCAGACGGGAGGCAGAUCUGAUUUCUGGGAAAACUUAUGUCUGACUCUUUUACCAACAAUCAGCAGCAGAUUAUGAUGCCACAACCAGCAUCACCCUCCUCAGCUUCCUGCUUUGGGGACCAUGUGCACGACAGAUGCUGGAAGCCGCCCAUCACCUCCCCAGCCCUUUAAAGAGCCUUGAGUGCAAACAUUUAGGGCCUGAUCCAAAGCCCAUUAAAGACCCCUAUUGGCAUCACUGGGCUUUGGAUGAAACCCGUAGGGCACAUUGGAAACAUCAGACACAUUUUAAAUUAUUUAUUUUGUGAGAAAAGCCAAUUUAAUCAAGAUUUUCUUUUUAAAAUCUCCCUUCCAUUUUUUUAACUCCUUUAAAAGCAAUUAGAUUUGUUGGAGUCUUAUUUGGAGGGUACGAUGCCUGUUAAAUUAUGGUCUAAACUGUAACCAGUUCUUUAUUUAUCUCCAAUUCCUUUUUAUUAUUAUUAUUAUUAUUAUUCUUUGGAAUCUGUGUCCUAGGUUUGUACAAACGCGUCCUCUUCCUUUUUUUCUUUUGUUUUAAGGAUAAACUGGAAUUUUGUUUUGUACAAACUAGAGAUUGCAAAUGUAGUGUAUCACUGAAUCAUUUGCCUUGUUUUCUGCCUCAGCUCUUUUGGACACACAAACGUGUGUGUGUAUGUGAGACACAAGACACUAUUGACAAAAGCGUGUGUGUCAUCCUGCUAACCUUCCACCCCUUGAUGUUGUUUUGAGGUGGGGACUUUGGUGAAGCUGUGGCUGAACAGUUAAGAAUUGCUUUUUAAAAAAGACAGCAAACUUUUUUUUAUU